CCCUGGCAACGGCCCCUCGUACCCGGAAGUCGUUGUCUUCGCCGCGAAAUAUCAACAGCUCAACUUCAGAGCGAUGGAAGUUUCUUGAACAGAUGUGCAUUAAGAACCAGUCUCUGCAGGGGUAGAAGGUGUGGUGGAGUGACGGGGGAGAGUGACGGCCGCCAUGCAGCGGAGUAAAGCGGCCGUGAGUGUGGAGGUGAGGCGGGUGGUCGCAGCGCUGUGCAGGCUGGUCGCGGCCACCGGCCUGCAGUCUGUCCCCACACCGGAGAGCUUCAGACGGGCUAAAUUCGGUGGCGGACCCGAGGUGGAGGACCAGCUCUGGCAGCUCCUCUCUGAUGUCCUCCAGACGUCUCUCCUCGUUUCCAGUGGAGCUAGUGUGCAGCCAGGAGGAGCUGCAGAGAACAGGAAGCUGGUGGUGGCAGGCCUCUGGCAGACUGGCUACCACGCUGGCUGGAUGUAUGGGAGCUGGGGAGGAGGAGCAGGAGGGGAGGGAGUGAGACCCUCCAGCAGAGACCUCCUCCUGGCGCUGGGCUGGCUGCUGGCUGCAGGAAAACUGGAGGAGCUGCUGACACUGCGAGUGCAGCAGCUGGACAAAACACUGCUCGCACCUACACCUGUGAACCCUCAGCUCACCAACAGGCUCCCGUCAGACUCCGCAUCUCUAAAGAGACUACACUGGCUCAUUGGCUGCCUGAGAUACCAGGGGCGGACCCUGCUGUCCAUGCAAGAGGAGCGAACCCGCUUGCUCCACGCUGUUUUCUUUGCCAGCAUUUCGUCUUCUGUAUCCUCCUCCUCCUCUGAUCAAAGUUCUGCCGUGCUAACGGAGGACUGUGUUUGUAUGCAGCAGCUCUGUGACCUGCUAGAAGCAUAUCUAAACUGGAAACAGGUGGAGAAAGUCUUCUGGACCUGGAUGGACAGUGUGUUGGAUGGCCAUCUGACAGAUCCUGUCAUCAAGAAGCCUACGCAUGAUGCACCCUAUGGAAAUGCAAGAGUGUGUCACCACGGAAACCGGGGGCUAGAGAAACUGGAGGACAUGCUUUUGAGGCUGCCUACAGGACAGAAAGGACAGAGGAGAGCCAGAAGGGAUGGUGAGGACAGAGGAGAAGGAGGAGAGAGGUCGCAAUGUGGAUCGGACACCUCUCGCCUCCCUCCUCUUGUCUCCUCUUUCUCCUGCUUGCCCUCCCUCCCCCAGGUCUACCGAGCCAGGCUCCAGACUGAGAGGCCAGUCAGACACAGCAGACGCCCAGCAGAAGGGACCCACCGCGGGGCAGAGACCCCGGACGAGCUCCAAGCGUCUCAGGCUGCCCAGCUGCUUCUUCAGACGGAGGCUCUGCUGCUGGAGAGGAGGGACAGGCAGAGACUGGCCAAUAGGACGCAGCUGCAGGAGAUGAUUGGCAGCUUGGACGAACUGGUGUUGAUACCGCCACAGACUUUUUUAAAUCCUCGAACUGCUGAUUUAUUCAUUCAGAAAUAAACACAAUAUGGAUUUUAUUUUGUAGUUUGACAUUCG